UCCCGUCAUGCCCCGCAAGCUCCCGUUCAGCGCCAAGCGGAAAAAGCAGCAGCUCCGGGACCGGCGGGAGCGGAAACGGGGCGAUGCCCCGGCCGGGCCGGCCUCAGGCCCCGGCAGCCGCAGCGGGAGCCGCGAGCGAGGCGGGGAUGGCCCCCCCGGAGACCCCCAGGCAGAGCCCGCGGGGCCCCCCCGGCGUCACGACCCCGGCAGGUUCCGGCUGCAGCUGGGAGGGCCCCGGGCCGAGGCCCUGGAGCGGAGCCGGCGCCGGGCCCAGCAGGAGCUGCUGCAGGCCGCUGCCCGAGAGCGCCCUGGAGCUGGACCCCGACAGCGUCUACGGGCCUGGGCUGGAUUUCCCGCGCCGCCCCCCCUGGAGUUUCGGGAUGAGCGCGGCCGAGCUGCGGCAGCGUGAGGAGGGGACAUUCGGGGACUUCCUGAGGGACAUCGGGGACAUCCCGGGGGUGGCACCCUUCGAGCACAACCUGGAGACGUGGCGGCAGCUGUGGCGGGUGCUGGAAAUGUCCGACGUCAUCCUGCUGAUCGCCGACGCGCGGCACCCGGCUCUCAGUGUCCCCCCAGCCCUGGCCACCCACAUCACCCAGGAAUUGGGGAAGGGUCUCAUCCUCAUCCUGAACAAGGUGGACCUGACCCCCCCCUCGGUGGCCGUGGCCUGGUGCCACCUGCUCAGGGGACACUUUGGUGUCACCCACGUGGUUCCCUUCACCUCCACACCCGGAACAGCCCCCACAGCCGGGCUGCAGAGCCGACAGAAGAGAGGAGGGAGCCGGGGGCGCUGGGGCCGCGCCCUGGGACCGAGGCGGCUGCUGGAGGCCUGCCAGGACCUGGUGGGGGACAAUGUGGACCUGAGCAGCUGGCGGGCGCGGCUGGAGCGGCCGGAGGAGGAGCAGGAGGAGCAGGAGGAGCCGCAGGGCCGGGCUGAGCACGAGGAGGAGGAGGAGGAGGAGGGGGAGGGGGACACGGCCCCGCCCCGGCAAUGGGAGCGAUUCCGGCACGGGGUGCUCACCCUGGGAUGUGUGGGGCUGCCCAACGCAGGUAAAUCGUCGGUGCUGAACGCGCUGCUGGGCCGCAGCGCUGUGGGCGUGUCCCGCGCCCCCGGCCGCACCCGUUACUUCCAGACCCAUUACCUGUGCGGGAGCGUGCGCCUCUGCGACUGCCCCGGCCUGGUGUUCCCUUCCAGGGCCCCACCUGAGCUGCAGGUCCUGGCAGGGGUGUACCCCAUCGCCCAGCUGCAGGACCCCUACUCAGCCGUGGGGUUCCUGUGUUCCCGCCUGGCCCUGCCCCCCCUGCUGCAGCUGCGCCCGCCCAGCGGGGCCGGAUGGACGGCCUGGGACAUCUGUGAAGCCUGGGCAGAGAAAAGAGGUUACAAAACGGCUCGGGCGGCUCGGAACGACGUGGCCCGAGCGGCCAACGGGAUCCUGCGGCUGGCGGCCGAGGGGCGGCUCAGGCUGAGCCUCAGACCCCCGGGCUACACCCUGAAAAAAAGAUUUUUGGGAGCACCACCCCGACACCGCGGCCAUGGCGGCCAUGUUGGGGGGCGUGGCCUCCCCCCCGGCCCCGCCCGGCGACGCCUCCAGCUCCGAGGAGGAGGAGGGGGAGGAGUCAGAGGAGGCCACGCCCCCUCCCAGCCCCGCCCCCAACCCCUUCGCGCUGCUGGGCGAGGACGAGUGCUGAGCCCCGCCCCCUUCCGGGGGAGCGACCAAUCGGAGCGCGCGGAUCGGCAAUGACCAUAUAUGGAAUAAAGGAGGUUUAUUUCUGCA